GAGUGUAUCUGUAUGUGUGUACUGUGUAGUGUAAUCGAUUCUGUUCACACGCAUGGCAACUAGGGUGCAUCCAGAGAUAGAUUCUGUUUCUCUACUCUCACGUGCGUGUCACAGCCUUAUUGUAGCUAUAAAGCAUAAAAGCCUGUCAAGUCUCAUUCUCAAAGUCUCAGCCCUCAACCCUUAACCAUACAGAGUUUUGGCAAAGCCUCCAACUCUUCAUUUCUCCUCUGGGGCAUCUUUUUGGGUCUGCACUAAAAUACCCAAAUCCAGAGCCAAUGAAGGAGCCAGUUGUUGAAGAAAUGCAGAGACAAGGCGAGCUUACUAAUCAUGGGGUUGAGCAAAAAGAAUAUUUCGACCCAAGUGCGCCGCCUCCAUUUAAGAUAGCUGAGAUCCGAGCUGCCAUUCCCAAGCAUUGCUGGGUCAAGAAUCCAUGGAGGUCUCUGUGUUAUGUUCUCAGAGAUGUCUUUGUGGUCUUUGCAUUGGGAGCAGCUGCAAUCUACUUCAAUAGCUGGACUUUUUGGCCACUUUACUGGGCUGCUCAGGGGACCAUGUUCUGGGCUCUAUUUGUUCUUGGACAUGAUUGUGGCCAUGGCAGCUUUUCUGACAACCUCAUCCUAAAUAGUGUUGUGGGGCACAUCUUGCAUUCUUCAAUUCUUGUACCUUACCAUGGAUGGAGAAUUAGCCACAGAACUCACCACCAGAACCAUGGGAAUGUGGAGAAUGAUGAGUCAUGGGUUCCGUUGACUGAGAAGGUAUACAAGAGUUUAAAUCAUAGUACUCGAAUGCUGAGGUUCACAGUGCCUUUACCCCUCUUUGCAUACCCAAUUUAUCUGUGGUGGAGAGCUCCAGGGAAGGAGGGUUCUCACUUCAACCCUUACAGCAAUUUGUUCGCCCCCAGUGAGAGGAAAGAUGUGAUAACCUCAACUCUGUGCUGGUCCGCAAUGGUUGCUCUGCUUAUCUGUCUAUCCUUUGUGGUGGGUCCAAUCCAAAUGCUAAAGCUGUACGGUGUGCCUUACUUGAUUUUCAUAAUGUGGCUGGAUUUUGUGACAUAUUUACAUCACCAUGGUCAUGAGGAGAAACUUCCUUGGUACCGCGGCAAGGAAUGGAGCUACCUAAGGGGAGGGCUUACAACAGUUGAUCGUGAUUAUGGAUGGUUUAACAACAUCCACCAUGAUAUUGGCACUCAUGUUAUACAUCAUCUCUUCCCUCAAAUCCCGCAUUAUCAUCUAGUGGAAGCGACUAAGGCAGCUAAACCAGUGCUUGGGAAGUAUUAUCGUGAGCCAAAGAAAUCCGGGCCUUUUCCAACUCACUUAUUCGAGAAUCUAGUAAGAAGCAUCAAAGAAGACCACUAUGUCGAUGAUUCUGGAGAGAUCUUAUACUAUCAGACCGACAUUGAAUUGUAUAAAUCUUCUAAGAGCAAGUCUAACUGAUUCUUUCAAUGGGGCGCGGUUAGUAGUUGUUUCAGAACUCUUUCCCAUUCAGUAUUAAGUCGAAUUGGCUUCAAAUUUAUGACUUGAGACAUUCCAAUUUAUUUCCAAAAUAAGAGUAUUGUGUCCUCUUCUUUUAGUCACAAUGGAUAAAGGAUUUGAUGUUAUGAUGGAAGUAUAAAAUAGUUAGCUAUAUUUGGCA